GAUCGCCGUAGCUGCCCUUGCGGGCUCCUGGCACCCAGGCACCCGAGCCAGCGAGUAACGCAGCAACGCGGCGCGAUCUGGCCCAGUCAUGGACCGGAAAGUGGCCCGAGAAUUUCGGCACAAGAGGACCAGCUUUUCAAAAGAAGGCUGCUCCAAGGAUCUGAAUAGACAUUUUUCUGAAGAAGACAGAGGUGGCUAACAGACACAUGAAAAGAUACUCAACAUCACUGAUCAUCAGGGACAUGCAAAUCAAAGCCACCAUGAGAUGUCACCUCAUGCCUGUCAGAAUGGCUAAUAGCAACAAGAUAAGAAAUAACAAGCUGUUGGUGGACUUUUUGAUUGAAAAUGAUGCAGAGAAGGACUAUCUCUAUGACGUCCUGCGGAUGUACCAUCAGACCAUGGAUGUGGCCGUGCUUGUGGGAGACCUGAAGCUGGUGAUCAAUGAGCCCAGCCGUCUGCCACUGUUCGAUGCCAUCAGGCCCCUGAUCCCGCUGAAGCACCAGGUGGAGUACGACCAACUGACCCCCCGGCGCUCCAGGAAGCUAAAGGAGGUGCGUCUGGACCGUCUGCACCCUGAGGGCCUCGGCCUCAGCGUACGUGGUGGCCUCGAGUUCAGCUGUGGGCUCUUCAUCUCCCACCUCAUCAAAGGUGGUCAAGCAGACAGUGUAGGGCUCCAGGUAGGGGACGAGAUUGUCCGGAUCAAUGGAUAUUCUAUCUCCUCCUGCACCCACGAAGAGAUCAUCAACCUCAUCCGCACCAAGAAGACUGUGUCCAUCAAAGUGAGACACAUUGGCCUGAUCCCUGUGAAGAGCUCUCCUGACGAGCCCCUCAAAUGGCAGUAUGUGGACCAAUUUGUGUCAGAAUCUGGGGGUGGGCGGAGCAGUCUGGGAUCCCCCGGAAAUCGGGAAAACAAGGAGAAGAAGGUUUUCAUCAGCCUGGUGGGCUCCCGGGGCCUUGGCUGCAGCAUCUCCAGUGGGCCCACCCAGAAACCUGGCAUCUUCGUCAGCCACGUGAAGCCUGGCUCCCUGUCUGCAGAGGUGGGGUUGGAGACAGGGGACCAGAUUGUUGAAGUCAAUGGCAUCGACUUUUCCAACCUGGACCAUAAGGAGGCUGUGAAUGUGCUGAGGAGUAGCCGCAGCCUGACCAUCUCCAUUGCAGCUGGAGCUGGCCGGGAGCUGUUCAUGACAGACCGGGAGCGGCUGGAGGAAAUGCGGCAGCGCGAGCUGCAGCGGCAGGAGCUUCUGAUGCAGAAGCAGCUGGCGAUGGAGUCCAAUAAGAUCCUCCAGGAGCAGGAGAAGAUGGAGCGGCAAAGAAAAAAGGAAAUUGCCCAGAAGGCAGCAGAGGAAAAUGAAAGAUAUCGGAAGGAGAUGGAACAGAUUGUGGAGGAGGAAGAGAAGUUUAAGAGGCAGUGGGAGGAAGACUGGGGCUCAAAGGAACAGCUGCUGACGCCUAAAACCAUCACCACUGAGGUGCACCCACUACCCCUUCACAAGCCAAAGGAUGAUCAGGGAGUGGAGCCUGAACUUGAGCUGGCAGACAACCCGGACGGAGGCACGAAGGAGCAGGGAGAGCAGGUGUCCGAGACAGAGCGGGAAGACCUUGAGGAGUCGGAAAAGAUUCAGUAUUGGGUGGAAAGGCUCUGUCAGACGCGCCUUGAGCAGAUUUCCUCUGCUGAUACUGAGAUUUCAGAGAUGACCACAGGGCCCCCGCCUCCCCUGCCUUCUGUGUCUCCCCUGGCCCCACCCCUGAGACGCUUUGCAGGAGGACUGCACCUCCACACCACUGACCUGGAUGACAUCCCCUUGGACAUGUUCCACUAUCCCCACAAGACUCCCUCUGCCUUGCCUGUGAUGCCCCUCCCUCCACUCUCCAGUCCUCCCCCCAAGGCCCCCGCACCUCCUGUCCUCCCCUCAUCGGGCCAUGUGUGUGCCUCACCCUCACCCUGGGUGCCACACACUCCACCCCCUAUUCCCAUUCCUCCCCCGCCAUCUAUCCCCACCCAAGACCUCACUCCUACCCGCCUGCUGCCCUCAGCCCUGGAAGAGGCACUGGGCAAUCACCCCUUCCGCACUGGGGACACAGGCAAUCCAACAGAGGACUGGGAAGCAAAAAACCACAGUGGGAAGCCCACCAGCUCCCCUGUCCCUGAAUGGAGUUUCCCAUCCACUCCAAAGACAUUUUGCCCAAGCCCACAGCCUCCACGAGGCCCCGGCGUGUCCACAAUCUCCAAACCUGUCAUGGUCCACCAGGAGUCCAACUUCAUCUACAGGCCAGCUGUGAAAUCCGAGGUCCUGCCACAGGAGAUGCUGAAGAGGAUGGUGGUUUAUCAGACAGCGUUCAGACAAGAUUUCCGGAAAUACGAGGAAGGCUUUGACCCCUACUCUAUGUUCACCCCAGAACAGAUCAUAGGGAAGGAUGUCCGGCUCCUGCGCAUUAAGAAGGAGGGGUCCUUAGAUCUGGCCCUGGAAGGUGGUGUGGACUCCCCUAUUGGGAAGGUGGUCGUCUCAGCUGUUUAUGAGGGGGGAGCCGCUGAGCGGCAUGGUGGCAUCGUGAAAGGAGAUGAGGUCAUGGCAAUCAAUGGCAAGAUUGUGACAGACUACACCCUGGCUGAGGCUGAGGCCACCCUGCAGAAGGCCUGGAGUCAGGGGGACUGGAUUGACCUUGUCAUUGCUGUCUGUCCACCCAAGGAGUACGACGAUGAGCUGACCUUCUUCUGAAGUCCAGAAGGAGAAACCAAAUUCACCCCUGGAAGCCAGUGAGCUCUGGACCCACCCUCCUGAGCACAGAGCCUGGAACCAGCCUUGAGAGAUGCCAGCCUGCCUGCAUCUUGGAAACCCGCAGCCAACAUCAGGGAUGCAUGCUCCCCCUGGCCCUGAAGUAGGCCUGCAUAAGGGCCACUCUGCAGGCCCACAUGGAGGGAGAGAGCAGCCAGCCAUUCUGAAGAGGGCCCCUGCAAUCCAGACUCUCGUUUCUUUCUUCUGGUUCUGUGAAUUUGGUUGCUCCCAGGCCUGGGAGACUCCUCCCUUGAACUCUGAUAGGACCUGACUCCUGGGUCUCUCUCUCUCUAUUCCCUCCUCUCCCUCCUGCUGUAAUUACUGCUAAGGUCACUACCACACACCUUAUUCUGAACUUGUUAAUAAAAUUAACACAUUUCUUUUCCAGCUU